CUCCGUCAUUGGUGACGUCACGGCUCCCUCUAAAGUUACACACUCGGAAUAUGCGGACGUUUGCGCGUCCCAAGAAGUUGUGUCUCUUCUUCUUCUCCCACUCCACUAUUUGUCGAAAUGCCGAUCGCUGGCCGCGGUGAACUUCUGGCCGUGGUAGCUGUUGCUGUGGCGAGUUUGUGCUGUUGCGUGUCGUCCGUGAAUUCGGAUGAAGAUGAGGUUCUGGAUAAAGCUUCCCUCGUGGAGUUCUACAAGAGGGGCGUGUUCGUGCUGGAGAGCGGGCCCCUGAAGCGCUGCGUGGCGGCCGACCGCUCCAACCUGGUGCUGGAGGACUGCGGGCGGCUCACGCGCCGCUCGCUCUGGGCCUGGAUGUCCCGCCACCGGCUGUACAACCUGGGCACCAGCGCCUGCCUGGGCCUCAACCUCACGGACGCCACCCAGCCGCUGGGCCUGUUCGAGUGCGACACGCCGCUGCGCACCGUCUUCUGGCGCUGCAACGGGGCCUCGCUGUACGGCGCCUCCCAGAUGAAGCUGGUGGUGAUGGGCCGCCUGGUGGUGGCGUCCCGGAAGUCGUACCACGCCUGGCGCCGGCUGGGCACCGAGGCCGAGGGCCCGUGCUCGGUGCCGUACGAAGACGUCCACACGCUGCUGGGGAACGGCCAGGGCAUGCCCUGUGCCUUCCCCUUCAAGUACAACAACCGCUGGUACUCUGAGUGCACCUCGGAGGGCCGGGAAGACAACCACCCCUGGUGUGCCACAACCCCCCGCUACGACCAGGACGAGAGGUGGGGCUUCUGCCCCAUACUAGACUCCAGCUGUGAGACGUUCUGGGAGUCGAACCAGGAGCUGCAGGCCUGCUACCAGUUCAACCUGUACACCAUCGUGACCUGGAGCCAGGCCCGGGCCUCCUGCCGGGCGCAGCGCGGAGACCUGCUCAGCAUCACCAGCCUGGCGGAACACCAGUACAUCAGAGAGCGCCUGGCGGACGUCGGGGUCAUGGUGUGGAUCGGACUGAACCAUCUGACGGAGGGACGGGGGUGGCAGUGGUCCGAUGGAGCACCCCUGGCCCUGGUCAACUUCACCACCGGUGUGUCCGCCAGCCCGCUGCAGGACAACCGACCGUGUGGCGUGUACAACUCAGCGGGUGCCUGGCAGAGCCUGACCUGUGAGUCUGCUCUGCCCUACAUCUGUAAGAAGACCCCCAACAUAAGCAGGAGGGCGGAGCCACUGGAGAACUGGCAGUACCACCACACGGUGUGUCCUGACGGCUGGACGCCCCACAACGGCUUCUGCCACCUGGUGCUGCCCGUGGAGAAGGCAGGGAGCUGGGAGGAGUCGUCCUGGGCCUGCCUCUCCCUCGGGGCCCAACUCAGCAGCCUCCACUCCCUGUCCCACGUGGAGCAGCUGAUCAGCCUCCUGGACGACUUCUCCGGGCCCAGUCCCAAGGUGUGGAUCGGUCUGAAGACGGAGACGUCCCACGCUGUGUUCUGGUCGGACGGCUCCCCGGUCACCCUGACCCAGUGGGCCCAGUACCAGCCCCCCCAGAACCUCAGCCGCCACGGGCCGCUGUGUGGCCGGGCGGACCGCAAGGAUGCUAACUGGGAGCUAGCGCCGUGCGAAGAGCGGUUGCCUGCGGUGUGUCAGAAGAAGGGCCAGACUGACCCCGAUGACCUCAGCAGCCCGGGACCCAAGGACUGUCCUGAGGGUUGGAGUCGCCAUGGUAACGCCUGCUACCUGGUGGUCACUGAGCACCUGCAGAACUUCCACCAUGCCUCGAAUGGUUAUUACUGCAUGGAAGACCUGCUCACCAUAGAAAACAGGUUCGAGCAGGCCUUUGUCAACAGCCUGCUGAGCGAGAUGGGUGCCAACAGCAGCAGGGACUACUGGGUGGCCCUGACGGACUCUGACAAGAGCGGCGAGUUCCGCUGGACCCUCAACAACGAGACCAAGUGGCCACUCACGUACAGCAACUGGAACAAACACCAGCCAGUCAGCGUAGGGGGUUGCGUGGUGAUGUCCGGCGGUGCGGCCCUGGGUCAGUGGGAGGUGAAGGACUGCGUUACCCACAAGGCCUUGUCUGUGUGCAAGCACAGCAUUCCCGGUGGCCACGCCGUCGCGCUGCCCAGCGUCCGCAACUACUACCACUACCAUGUCAACAGCACCGCCCCCUGUCCGCCAGGCUGGGAAUCGCAGCUGGGGUUCUGGCAUUGCUUCAAGGUGUUCCAUGAUGAGAAGGUGCUCAUGAAACGCUCGUGGGUGGAGGCAGACUUCUUCUGCCAGGCCCUCGGAGCGAAGCUGGCUGCCUUCCACCACCAUGAGGAGCAGGUGUUUGUCAAGAGACUGCUCAGCACCAUGUUCGAAGGAACAGAGGGCCGAUGGUUCUGGGUGGGCUUGAAUAAGAGAGACCCUUAUUCGGACGGGUCUUGGGCGUGGUCUGAUAACAGCCCUAUUGUGACACAGUUCUUCGAAGACAAGAACGAGGAGGACGAGCAGCGCAGCUGUGCGGUCUACAGCCACCUGACCAACGCCAUGUUGCCUCAGCCCUGCGACGCCCAGCACGAGUGGAUCUGCGAGCUCCCCAGAGGCCAGGAGCUGAAAAGGCCGUAUUGGUACACGGAACAGAGCGAGCCCUGGGUGUUCUACCACGGGGCAGAGUACCUUUUGGCAAGGCAGUUGUUUGACUGGGAGGCGGUGUCCCUGGCAUGCCAGAUGAUGGGGGCCCAGCUGCUCUCCAUCCACUCCAAGGAGGAGCUCCGCUUCAUCAGGCAGCGCAUGGCCAAGCUCUCUGUGGGUGCUACUGAUUGGUGGAUAGGGCUGUCCAUCAACCGGCCCACGGAGGAAGUCAGUUGGAGUGAUAAGACAGAUCUGGAUCUCCAUAACUGGGCUGAGGGCGGGUCUUACGGGGGUCCUGACAAUCAUAAGCUGUGUGUCAGCAUGUCUUCAGCAACAGGGAAGUGGUCCGUGGGCGAGUGCAGCGGUCUCCAUGGUUACGUGUGUAAGCGACGGACAGUGUCCGUGUUGGAGACCCACCGAGAGCCCCACUACAUCGGCAGCUGCCCUGAGAACUGGGUCUACUUUGGACACAAGUGCUUCCUGCUGCACCUCCCUGAUGGACCAGAGGAGGGGAAGAGCUGGACCGACGCCAACUCCAUCUGCUCCUCCUUCCAGGGCUCGCUGGUGGCCAUCGAGGACCCCAUACAGCAAGCAUUCAUCACCAUGCUGCUGCAGGGCAGUGCCGUGGGCGUCUGGAUUGGACAGAGGAUCGAUGACACCGAUUGCUGGACCAACGGGAGGCCUGUGGGCUACACCAACUGGUCCCCCAGAAACUCUCCUGCUGCGGAUGAUUGGCUGAGCACGGCGAUGGCGGCAGGUGAGCCCCUGUGUACCGUGCUCUCCAACCACCACAACCUGCACCUGGCGGGGAAGUGGUACGACGACAAGUGCUCCGAGACGGGCUACGGCUACAUCUGUCAGAAGCCCCAGGACCCGUCCAAACCACCGACCCACACGUACCACCACCCCGCUCCGGACAACGUGGACUACAAGAGCCGCAACUACAAGGUGUUGCCGGGCAACAUGAGCUGGUACCAGGCGCAGCAGGCCUGCAUGGACGUGGGCUCGGAGCUGGCCAGCAUCACGGACGCCUACCACCAGGCCUUCCUCACCGUGCUGGUCAACCGGCUGGCCGCGCCCCACUGGAUCGGCCUGUACAGCCAGGACGACGGCCAGAACUACCAUUGGUCGGACGGCAGCGACGAGGUGUACGCCCACUGGGACGUCAGCGAGGACGAGGAGGACUUUGUGACUGGGGAGUGUGUGUACCUGGACGUGAGCGGGGGCUGGAGGCGGGCCGACUGCGAGAGGCCGCUACCGGGGGCACUGUGCCACGUCCCCCCGCCAAGAAGCAAUGCCUUCACCAUCUACGAGGUGGUUUGUCCCCCUACGUGGGUGAAGUUUGGAAACGGCUGUUAUAACUUUGAGCCUGCGGUUGAAAGACUAACCCUGGAGAAAGCCAGAGACCACUGCAGGCAGAAAGUCAACACGUCAGAUGUCCUCAGCAUCCAGAGUGAGGCGGAGAACCGCUUUGUGCUGGAGCAGCUGUGGUCGUCCGGGUUCCCCCACCAGACGCUGUGGCUGAGCAUGUUCUUCAACCCCGACACGAAGGCGCUGGCCUGGCUGGAUGGCUCCCCUCUCAACUUCACCAACUGGCACUUCCACGCCCCGGAGCGCAGCUCUCUGUCCGCAGACAGCUGCCUGUCUGUCAGGGUGCAGGACGGCACGUGGCACCUGUCUGCCUGCACCCAGCGCCUGGGCUUCGUCUGCAAGACACGGCCCGAAACCAUAACUGAGGUGGAAGUGGAACCACUAAACGGCCUCCAUCGGGGGGUCAUCCCCGCCGCCGUCCUGGUGGCCGUGCUGAUCUUCUGCUUGGCGGCCGGGAUUCUCUGGCUCCUGUACCGGAGGAGCAACUCGCGCUUCGGCCGGCUCCCCCCGCUGGUGGGGGGGGCGUACUACAGACAGACCGACUCCCAGGGCACCGAGUCGGACGGCAACGUGCUCAUCACAGACCUGGAGGGUCCUGGCGGGGACUAGCGUUCACACGCCGCUGGCGGUGGCUCCGGAGGGACACUUGAGAGGCUCAUCUCGCUCUGUUCUGUCUCUCUCUCCCCCUCUUUCUAUGUCUCUCUCCCUCUGUCUAUGUCUCUCUUCCUCUGUUUUUCUGUGUGUGUGUGUGUCUGUGUGUGUCUCUCUUUCGCUCUCUCUCUAUUUGUGACGACCUCUCGGUCACCUCGUAUCUUUAGCUGUGUAUGUGCUUGUGUGUCUGUGCCCACGUCUGUCUGUGCCCAUGCAUGUCUGUACCUGUGUGUGUGUGUGUGUGUGUGUUUGUGUGUGUGUGUUUGAGCCUGUGUGCAUUUGCCUGUGUGUGUGUGUGUGUGUGUGUGUUUGUUUUGAGUUUUGCCAGUUCACUUUGAGUCAACAAUGUCACACGAUGACAUUCCCAAGCUGCCGUUGUCAUUGGUCAUGAUUCGGGUCACAUGAUAGCAGCCAUUCAGUAUUUUUCCUCGGGAACUUCACUGUCUUACUGAAGAAAGGAAAGAGAGAACAAGUGAUUCAAAUAUGAAUCUGUCAGCAUGAUUCGAUUUCCUGUGAUGAAGUUAAAGGUACUGAACGAUGAACUAUGAUUGAAACUACAAUUUGAAAAAGGUGCACAAAUAAGAACACGUUAAGAUAUGCAAGGUCAGGCGAGCGGUGAGCUAAUAAAAACAAAACAUUGAAUCAGGGACAUGUUUAUGAGGAGAUGCACUUAAUAGCAUGUCAGACAGGUUUUAUAUUAAUGAAGGAUGGGACACUUUAAGGUACCAUAGUACCAUUUUCAAGAUCAGAAGCCACUGCCUUUUCUGGUCUCCAGUCGAAGUUUUUGAAAGCAUCUUUAUAGGGGAAGUGUAUUUAGGAAAUCUAGCCGGAAAUUCCAGGUGUGUGUCUCUGUGUGGACACGUUUGUUGUAUGACGUGAUGGUCAUACAGUCUCAGUAUUAGGACUCCCUGUGUGGUGGUGCUUUGGUAUAUUUCUAAGGAAACGUUUUCAAUGUCCGAGUUGGUUCUCUUGUAUUUUCUAUUUUAUUAGGAGAACUCACAAGGCAUCAUUGAUCACUAUAAACGCUUUGAUGUGUUUUUGCACAGAUGUUUUUUGUAAUAAUAAAUGUGGGAAUUAAUAAAUGAAAAGUUUGAAGAUGAUUUCUCACA